AUGUAUCGGAACAAAUACCAGCCGAAUAUCUUGUCCCUCCUCCUGAGCGCGGGCUCCAAACCACUGGACCUAUGGAAGACAAAGACGAAGAAGGGAUGUGUGAGGAAGGUCCUGGACGAUACCAUCAAGCUAAGUGCAAUUGAAAUAAUGUCGGAGAAUACGUCUGACUCGUACAUCUACACCUCUCCGGAGAAGUUUUCCUCCCUGGGCAUCAGCCUCCCCUUUAUCGUGCUCAUCGUGAAAAAUAUGAACAAGUACUUUUCUUUCCGCAUAAGCAUAAUGGACGACAAGAAAUGUAGGAGAACUUUUCGCAUUUCAAACUUUCAGACUGUGACGAGACUCUCCAACAAGUGGUGCACCAUGCCGAUGAUCCUAAACGAAGGCUGGAACAUAAUUCAAAUAAACUUGCAAGAAUACACAGAGAAAGCUUUUCGAACAAAGUAUAUGGAGACAAUGGAUAUCCAAAUAAAUGCAAGCAUACGAAUCAGAUGCAUAUACUUUUGUGAUAAACUAUACAACAACGAUGAGUUGAAGGAUGAGUACAAAAUAUUCUCUAAGAAAAAAGAGAAGAUUAAGUACACUCCUCCUCAAUGCUUAAACAAGCCUUUAAAAAAAAUGACCAUCAAAAGUAUCAUCACCGAAGGAGUAUCCAAGGGGGGAGAGAACCUACCGACUGAAGUGGAGGCUAACAAGGCAACAACGGAGAAUGAAAUAUUGGAAGAUUCUUCAACUAGUGGAAAUUCAAAAAAAACAGAUGUAGAACCUACUAGUCAGAAGAACCUACAAAGUAUAGACAUGACUGAGGGGAUUGAGUUAUAUGAAGAGAGUACUGAUGAUCCUUUUUUUGACGAAAAGAAUGACGGAGAGGGUACUCCUCUGGCGCAGGUCAUCGGGGGUGAAGAGCUGCUCGUGGGAGGUGAAGAAUCCACGGAGGUGGCAAACAACAUGACAAUGGAUUUAACAGAGAACACAGUAACAGGCACAAUGAACGGCCCAAUGAAAGACCAACAGGACGCCGAAGAGGCGGAGCAUCUGGCGCACAUCAAAACGCUGGAGAUGGACGACACCAACGUGCUCUACGAAGACGUCAACUACGAGACAUACAACAAUGACGACCACUGA